AUGCAGGAUACAUGGAUUGAAUGCCUGGGAGAUCUUGGACGCUACCGGAUGGCUAUCGAAGACGAGGACGUCCGCGACCGUGAGACCUGGGCAGGUGUUGCGCGCUCUUGGUAUACUAAGGCUGCUGAUAAGAAUCCUACUGUGGGUCGAUUGUAUCAUCAUCUGGCUAUUCUGGCGCGGCCCAAUGCACUUCAGCAGAUGUACUACUACUCCAGGUCUUUGACUUGCGUCAAACCAUUCCAGAGCGCACGGGAAUCGAUCUUGACUCUGUUGGACCCGAUUCUUGGUCGUGCAGGCGCCACUCUUACGCAUGCUCUAGCGAUCGAUACCAGCUUCAUCAAAGCACACGGUCUGCUGUUCGAAAGGUCUACAGUAACGGAGUCCAAAGGUCAGGACGAGUUCCUCAAGGCAAAGGCAGAGUUUAUCGGAAAUUUGGACAAUCACAUCGGGCGUGUGACAGCGAAGUGGAAGGAGCAGGGUGUAUACAUUGCAGUGACCAACAUCGCCAGUUGGUUUGAAUACGGGCUCAACGAGAACAUUCUUCGCCAGGCUUCCCUCCAUCCAAUCAACCUGAAGGCACAGGACUCCUCUCAAAGCGCUGCUGAAGACAAGAUCCGGAGUACAUCUGCAGCUGACCAACAGAAUCCGACGAAGCCAAUAUUAAGUGAGAAAGAUAUUUCAAAGGCACUGGAAGGAGACGAGGCACACGGAACAACGCCAUGGGCAAUGCGUGGCACAAUCCCUAACGCCAAACUAAUUACCUACGAGACAUUUGCUCUCGUCCUUCGCCGUAUUGGCGACAAGAACGUGCUUCCUCACGUACACAUCAUGCUCGCUUUUCUUUCCAGCUUCGCUUCUAGUAAAUACGUUUCCGAUCUUAUCCAAGAUGCGCCUUGGACUGAACUUGUUGCAUUUCUGAAUACGUUGGUCAAGACUGAAAACCAAAUCCAAAGUCAGUCGCAAACGCAAACACCAAGCAUCGAUACCUUGCUGGCUUCCGAUGUAUUCCCUGGAGAGGGAGAGAGGGGCGACGAGCUACCGCUACCGGAAGAUUACCUCGUACGAGGCUUGAUCUGGGCGGAUGAAUAUUUCCCCAAGAAGUGGUUUGAAAGAGAGCACGAUGAGGAGGAGCGAUAUCUGGAAUUGGCAAGUACAGUGAAGAGUCGUAUGGAGAGGGUAUUGAGGCUAGGUUAUUCUAUUGCGAAGGCAAGUGUUUUAUAA